AUGUUCCGCUCUAGUGUGACGCAUCUGCAGAGGGCCUCCUGCGUGUUCAUCGUGGGCGGUCACAUCACUCCGUUUGUGGGCAAGGGCAGCAAGCUGUUCAUUGAUAAGAAGCAUCCCGACUUUGGCAAGAAGCAAAACAUGACACUCGAGGAAAUCCUCGCCACGACAGUGCAACGCACAAUGGAGAACACUGGUCUCAAGGGCAAGGAGGAUGUUGUGGACCACGUUGUUGUUGGCAACUUCCUCGGAGCGCUCUUCUCAAACCAGGGUCACCUCGGCCCGGCUGCGAUCGGCAGCCUCACCUACGGUCAGACCGGUGUGAAAAACCCACUGAUGUACAAACCUGCCCUGCGUGUCGAGGGCGCGUGCGCGUCUGGUGGUCUCGCCGUCAUGACGGCAGCGAACGCCCUCAAGGCCGGCUCGGCCGAUAUCGCUCUUGCCGUUGGGGUGGAGGUGCAAACGACGGCCUCCGCGCGCGUUGGUGGCGACUACCUCGCCCGCGCCGCGGACUACCGGCGCCAGCGCAAGCUGGACGACUUCACUUUCCCGUGCCUAUUUGCCAAGCGCAUGAAGUACAUCGUCGAGCAUAAACAUUUCACAAUGGAGGACACGGCGCGCGUCGCGGCCAAGGCUUACGCCAACGGCAACAAGAAUCCACUCGCUCACAUGCACACCCGCAAGAUGACGUUUGAGGAGUGCAACGGUGAGGACCCGAGCAACGUGAAGUUCCUGGGUAACGAGACGUACAAGGAGUACCUGCGCAUGUCAGACUGCUCGCAGGUGAGUGAUGGCGGUGCCGGCGUCGUGCUGGCCAAUGAGGAAGGUCUCAAGAAGAUUGGCCUUAGCCCGAACGACAGCCGUCUUGUUGAGAUCAAGUCAAUUGCUUGUGCCUCAAGCAGCCUUUACGAGGACCCUGAAGAUGCGUGCUGCAUGUUCACCUCCCGCCAGGCGGCGCAGAAGGCGUUAUCGAUGGCGAACGUGAAGCCGUCAGACCUCAACGUCGCCGAGGUGCACGACUGCUUCACAAUUGCAGAGUUGCUCAUGUAUGAAGCUCUCGGGAUUGCCGAGUACGGCCACGCGAAGGACCUCAUUCGCAACGGCGACACCACGCUCGAGGGCCGCAUCCCUGUCAAUACUGGCGGCGGUCUCCUCGCCUUUGGCCAUCCGGUUGGCGCCACCGGCGUCAAGCAGAUCAUGGAGGUCUACCGGCAGAUGAAGGGGCAGUGUGAGGCGUACCAGAUGAAGAAGAUUCCUGCCCUUGGCGCGACGCUGAACAUGGGCGGUGAUGACAAGACAGCCGUGUCAACAGUGCUGCAGAAUAUUUGA